UUGGAUUCCAUCCAGGAUUCAACAGCCCGCAAGAUCUGUCAAUAAAGAUGGAUAUUACGGUGGAGGCGCAUAGGACCCAGCCGGUGGCCCAAGGUGGAUUCUCUCCUGGAUGUGUUGUCUUGGGAAGAUACACAGUUUGCGGGAAGCUGGGCAGCGGGUCUUUUGCCACUGCGUACCUGGUGACCGAUGCCAGGGAUGAUGGAAGCCACAAAGUUCUAAAGAGAAUUUCGUGUGGGGGUAUGAGACCAGAUUCCACCCUUCCUUCGGCCAGAGAGGCAAAGCUCCUGGGGAGCCUGAGACACCCGUUCAUCGUCCGGUUCCUUGGUAGCUUCUUGGAGAAGGAUGACUUUUGUAUAAUCACAGAAUACUGCGAGGGUGGAGAUCUUCAGUGUCUUAUUAAGGAGCAGAGGAAUUCGAGCAGACCUUUCCCCGAGGCGCAUGUCGUGGAGUGGUUUAUCCAGCUUCUUCUUGGGGUCAACUAUCUCCACGAAAGGCUGGUCUUGCACAGAGAUUUGAAGACCAAAAAUGUUUUUCUAAAGGACGGCGCGGUGAAGAUCGGGGAUUUUGGCGUCUCCCGCGUCCUGGCGCUGCCGUCCGACAUGGCGACCUCGUUCACCGGAACUCCUCAUUAUAUGAGCCCCGAAACCUUCUCAAGUAGCGGGUACAAUUCAAAGUCGGAUAUCUGGUCUCUAGGAUGCAUUCUAUAUGAGAUCUGCUCACUCAGAUAUGCCUUUGAAGCCUCCAGCUGGAUAAAGCUUGUAUCUCUCAUUGUGGAGGGUCCAAGCCCACCUCUCCCCUCCAGAUACUCACCCGAGCUCAAUGAGAUUCUCCAAAGAAUGCUGAAAAAGGAGCCAGAAGAGAGGCCCAGUGCCGGCGAAAUCCUGAAAAUGCCGUAUAUCAUGGAUCGGGGCGAGGUUCUGUCUGCGUGGUUGGACACAGUAAUGUCCCAGGAUAACCAGGACUCUGUGAGUGAGGACGCUGCCAGGAUCGCUGCUGCUGUGCAGGAGAAGUUGCAUGUGGACAGCCUUCGUGCCAUGGGGCAUGCGAGGGGAAUGGCUCCACGCCAGAGGAGGAGAAUCCGGAAAGAGGAACCAAGGGAGACUUACAUGAAGAAAGUGAAAAGGGCAGUAGAACGUCUAUACCAAGAGAACCACCAGAAACUCGAAGAACACAGGAGGUUUGAAGCGAACGGAGAAGAAGAGGAGCCUUGUGUAGAAAAUGCCACCGUUGUGUCAGAAGACAAUCAGAGAGAUGCCUGGAGUGAUGAAGAGGAGAGCAGCGAGGAAGACCAUGAGCUCUUCAGCGGCUCUGUCCUAACCAUCUCUACGGCCCGGUCUGAGCAGCACAACAGCACCCUGAGCGCGUACCAGAGCUGUCUACGGAGGUUUCUAGAUUCCAGCACAUACACGCAUGAAGUCGGGUUAACGGACACAAUCUCCCAGGACUCUGAGGAGACGAGCGCGUCUGCCUGCAGUAAGGCGGAAAUCGAACGUCUCAGACAGAUCUGUGUUGGACUGUUGGGAGAAGAUGGGUUCUGGAAGGUCUACAACUAUCUGAAACAAGUCUACUUCCAACAGGGCUCUGAUACAGAGGACACUCGAGAAGAGACUCUCUGUGAACCAAAGGAGGUGCAUCUGUAUCCACAGCAUUGCUAUAAAGUCCAACAACUCAUCUUUUUUGAAGAGAGGAUGGAAGAAGAGACUUUGGGAUCUCAAUCUGUAUGGCUUUAGGGCUGAAUUCCUUCAUAAAGCUGCACAAGAAGGUCUUCCUGAUCCUUCACCACCAGGGAUGGUGCCUCUGGACAGAGCCACCAGCUUCAAACAUGUCAAGACAAAGCGGAGGAAGGGGAGAUAUAAUUUGGACCCAACAAUGCUCAAAUACUGCUUUGGUAGAACAUUCUUGCCUUUUGAA